ACAUCAAACACAAGAACUCAAAGUCACUUCUCUCAUCUUGAUCCCAAAAUUCCUAAAGCCUUCCAUUUUCCACUCCAGAUAUCUCAUUCCGAUAAAGAAAUUAUCAUAUUUCCCCUGAGUUGAUAAUUAAUUUUACAUAUCCUAAAAAGGUAAUUUCUUUCAAAAUCCAUACUAUUAUCACCGAUGGAGAAGCUUCAAAAGAUGGUCUCAGAGAAACCUGUUGUGAUCUUCAGCAAGAACUCGUGCUGCAUGUCUCACUCAAUCAAAACUCUCUUCGUCGACUUUGGCGUGAACCCAACGAUCUAUGAGUUAGACGAGAUCAACAGAGGAAAGGAGAUAGAACAUGCACUCGCUCAGCUAGGUUGCAGCCCUACCGUGCCAGUGGUCUUCAUUGGGGGCCAGCUCAUUGGUGGAGCCAAUCAAGUCAUGAGUCUUCAUCUAAAUCGCUCUCUUAUCCCAAUGCUUAAAAGCGUUGGAGCGUUAUGGGUUUAAUUAGUGAUAAUUAAACACACACACACACACACUAAUUCCAUUAAGUCACGUACGUAUCCUAAGUAGGCACCUUGAUAAUUAUUCUAAUGUUUUGUAAGGAUAAGAUAUAUAUUGUAACUAAAGUGUAUCUAAGUUUUCAGGGAACAGACUAUUUGAGAGGUUGCCUGUUUUUAUAACGUGAGUAUCGCAAUGAAUAAAAUAAAUUUGAG